AUGCGGAGUUGCGGGAUGGUCCAUUGCUGGCCCGCCCAACCUGUGGAGCAGCCGCUCCUCGCCCCUCGCCUCUCAUCUCUGCACUCUGCGUGUUCCGUUUCGUCCUUUCCCCCCUCUCCCCGCUCAUCCCGCCCUCUCCUCCCGCGGAUCCCUUCAUCCCCCCCGCCCCGUGCCCCCGCGCAGUUCUUCAAGGACCGCCACUACCUGCACCACGAGUGGGCGCUCUUCCUCCGCGGAGAUGCUGGCGCGGGGGGAGCUGCGGAGGCGGGAACAGAGGGGGGAAACGCGGGCGGGGCAGAGGGAGGGGGAAGGGAGGCUAGGGGUGGGGAUGCAGGCGCAGGAGUGGGGAGUGCAGGGGGCGGUGGUGGGUGUGGCAGCGGCAAGGGGGGAUGUGUGUGCGAGCGGUGCGUUGCCAUCCGACGAGUGGUGCUGGAGGUGGGGUGCGGGGCGGGCAACACGGUGUUCCCGUUGCUCGCAGACGACCCGCACCUCUUCGCCCUCGCCUGCGACUUCUCCCCGCGCGCUGUUGCGCUUGUCACCGGCAGUGAGCACUACGACGCGCACAGGCUGAGAGCAUUCGUGGCGGACAUCACAGCGGACCCCCUCGCCACUGCCAUCGCAACCGCCAGCAGUAGCAGCAGUAGCAGCAACGAUGACAGAAGUGGUGGUGGGGGGGGGAUGCACGUGCUGCCGGCCGCAGUGCCCUGCAGUGUGCCCGCCAUCUCAAGCGGAUGUGGUUACCAUGGUGGGUGGCAUGUGGUUACCAUGGUGGGUGGCUGGCAAGUUAAUGCCGUGUUUGUGCUAUCUGCCAUUUCACCUGAGAAGAUGCCUCUCGCCGUCGCCAACGUCGCCACUGUGCUCAAGCCAGGCGGGCAUGUGUUGGUUCGAGACUAUGCUGCCGGCGACCUGGCUCAGGAGCGGUUGAGGCGCAAGGAGCAGCACAUCGCCGACAACUUCUAUGUGCGCGGCGACGGCACCCGAGCAUACUACUUCACGGAGGCAGCACUGGGGGAGCUGUUUGCGGGGGCAGGCUUGCAGUGCGUGCACAUGGGCGUGUGUGAACGCACCGUCACCAACCGCGCACGACAGAUCGACAUGCACAGGCGGUGGAUCCAAGCGGUCUUCCGCCUGCCCCUCGCUGCCACUGCCGCUCCUGCUGCUGCUGCUAGUCCUUGUGAGGCGGCUGCCACUGCUGUGGAGGAUGUUGAGUCAAGGGGGACGUAUGACCGGGAAGGCGGGGAGGAGGAGAGACGAGGAAGUGGGAGCAAUGUUGUGCGAGGGGACGGCAAUGGCAGGGGAGGAGCAGGCACAGAGGAGAGUGACACGGGCGGCAGUGAGAGCGCAUGUGAGGUGGACUGCAGCAGCCUCUUCCUCUCCGACCCCCCUUUAGAGGACCACGCCCUCUCACUCGCGCACCUGCCGCUGCGCGUGCGCCUGCUAUCCCGCGAGCACCAGCACACGCACGGCAGCACAGGCCGCCUGCUGUGGGAGUCGUCUCAGGUGCUGGCGGGACUGCUGCUCGCCCACCCCGCCCUCACCCGCAACGCCUCCGUCCUCGAGCUCGGCGCGGGCGGCGCCGCACUCUGCUCACUCGCAGCCACUCACAGCGCGCCACGUGUCAUUGUGGCGACAGAUGGGGACGAGAGUGCUCUGAGUCUGCUGCCGGGGAAUCUGGAGCUGAAUGCGGGGAGCUUUGAGACGGGCAGGAUCAAGGUGUGCCGGCUGCGGUGGGGCGAUGAGGGCGACGAGGCAGCAGUAAGGCAGCUGCUGCCCUCUCAUGAUGUGAUAGGGGUGGAUCAGGGUCAUGUGCAGGAGGAGGGAAGGGGAAGCACAGCCAGUACAGAAGGGAGCGAUGCACGCACAGCCCCUGUCGGAGGCAGCAGUAUGAAGGGAGACGAUACCGAGGCUGCUUAUACCACAGCGCAGCAGGGGAGGGGGUUUGAUGUGAUCCUGGGAGCCGACGUGGUGUAUGUGCGUGCCGCCGUGCCGCUGCUCUUCCAGUCCGCCGCCCGCCUCCUGGCACGGCGGGACAAGAGCAGGCGCGUGCCGGUGCUACUGCUGUGCCACAUCACGCGCCAGGUGCUCGAGCCUGAUGUGCUGGCUGCAGCGGCAGCAGCGGGGCUAGAGGUGGCGGAGGGAGAGGUGGCAGAGCGCGUUGGGGGAAGUGUGGAGAGGGCGAUGCAGGCAGCGGUGGGGACGGCGUUCCCUGGGGAAGGCAGAGAUGCCUCCCUCUUCCGCCUCCUCUGCUUCCGUGCCUAG